AUGCGUUUCUCUCUCUCCAUCAUUACCCUCUUCCUCGCCUCUGCCCUUGCAGCUCCGGCAAGCGAAGCACCGGAGGCGUCGGGCCUUCUGCAGGCAAGGUGCAUCGCCAACGGCGUUGAAUGCAUCAACGACGUCAACAGCUGCUGCAGCAACCUUUGUGCAAUGGACAAGACACUGGGAACUUACACAUGCCAGUAA